UUAGGGCCAACGCGCCAGUAAUCCCAGCGCUCUCCCUCUCGGUUGGCAGCGGGCGCCCCUCUGCUCCCCGAGUUCCCGGCCGCCGCCAGCGCGCCCCAAUCUGGCCCCCUGCCCCGCGAAAAUGGCCGCCGUACGCCGGGCCCGCAGUUACUGCCGCUGCCUGGUGCGCUUCUCCGACCGAGAACUCUGCUAAGCCUCACUGCAGCACCCCAGCAGGAUAGACACCCGACACCCAGCACCCUUCCCAGAGGGGACGGUGCGGAGGGGGCGCGGAGAGCCCCUCGACCGCGGCCAGCCGCCCCGCCACCAUGGCAGAAGCUGAGGAGGAAGAUUGUCAUUCUGAUACGAUCAGAGCAGAAGACGAUGAGGAAAAUGACAGCCCUGCUGAAACAGAUCUGCAGGCGCAGCUCCAGAUGUUCCGAGCUCAGUGGAUGUUUGAGCUUGCCCCUGGUGUAGGCCCUAGCAGCCGAGGGCCAGCAAGAGCCUCUCUACUGAAAGCAGAUCCCAAAGGAAAGCAAGAACUGGCAAAAGAAGAAAAGGCUCGCGAACUCUUCCUAAAAGCAGCAGAAGAAGAACAAAACGGAGCCCUCUAUGAAGCCAUCAAGUUUUAUCGUAGGGCUAUGCAACUUGUACCUGAUAUAGAAUUCAAGAUUACUUACACCCGGUCUCCCGAUGGUGAUGGCGGUGGAAGCAGCUACAUUGAAGACCACGACGAGGACAGCAAGAUGGCCGACCUCUUGUCCUACUUCCAGCAGCAGCUCACGCUCCAGGAGUCUCUGCUCAAGCUGUGUCAGCCUGACCUGGAGAGCAGUCAGACCCACAUCUCAGUGCUGCCGAUGGAGGUGCUGAUGUACAUCUUCCGAUGGGUGGUGUCCAGUGACCUGGACCUCAGAUCCUUAGAGCAGCUGUCACUGGUGUGCAGAGGGUUCUACGUCUGUGCCAGAGACCCUGAAAUAUGGCGUUUGGCCUGCUUGAAAGUUUGGGGCAGAAGCUGUAUUAAACUUGUUCCGUACACAUCCUGGAGAGAGAUGUUUUUAGAAAGGCCUCGUGUACGAUUUGAUGGUGUGUACAUCAGCAAAACCACGUACAUUCGCCAAGGGGAACAGUCUCUUGAUGGUUUCUAUAGAGCUUGGCACCAAGUGGAAUAUUACAGGUAUAUAAGAUUCUUUCCUGAUGGCCACGUGAUGAUGUUAACAACCCCUGAGGAGCCUCAGUCCAUUGUUCCUCGUUUAAGAACCAGGAAUACCAGAACGGAUGCAAUUCUUCUGGGUCAUUAUCGCUUGUCGCAAGAUACAGACAAUCAGACCAAAGUAUUUGCUGUGAUAACUAAGAAAAAGGAAGAAAAACCACUUGACUACAAAUAUAGGUAUUUUCGUCGUGUCCCUGUACCAGAAGCGGAUCAGAGUUUCCAUGUGGGACUACACCUCUGUUCCAGUGGUCACCAGAGGUUUAACAAACUCAUCUGGAUACAUCAUUCUUGUCAUAUCACCUACAGAUCGACCGGUGAAACCGCGGUCACUGCCUUCGAGAUUGAUAAGAUGUACACCCCGCUGUUCUUUGCCCGAGUGAGGAGCUACACCGCUUUCUCCGAAAGGCCUCUGUAGGGCUUCACGUCCAGCCUCCGUCACUGUUGCAUGAAUAAAAGUAUAUAGAGCAAAAGAGCACCUAAGUUAUAAAUGUACAUAAAAAUAUAUAUAUGUGGAAUUGGAACUUGUUUUAAAUUGCUGAGGUUCUUUUAAGAAGAGUAUAAAUUGAUUAUUUUUUUUAUUUAAAGGGAUAGUUCAUUCCUGGGGUGUUUUGUUUUGAAACUAAGGUUGUAAGUUGUUACUGCACAUGUAUGUUACGGGAAAACCUUACUGUAAGGUGUAACUCGUGUCCCUUCAAGCAGAUUUCUGUUAAGUAGAGCUUCGUCCGAUCAUCUUGAUAUGUAAACACAUCAGGAAGAACUCCACUGGAUACGCAUUUAUCUCACGCAUGACCCUGCAUUCAAGACGCAAAAUGUGAAAAUCUGGUCUGCAUUUGUUUGAAAUUGUUUGACUAAUAAAGACCAUAAAUAAAUGUUUUCUUUCCAAAAAAAUA